AUGUCCGACCUUCUUGAGCUUUCUACGGUGCCCAAGCUCACUGGCGCAAAGAACUUUCACCUAUGGCGCUCCUUCAUCACCAUGCACUACGAUCCCAGUAAUCUCAACAGCAUGAUAGCGGCUCAAGACAUCAAUGUGCGCAACCUCAUCCUCGCCACCAUAGAUGUCACCAUCGCUCAGAACCUCGUCGAACUUGGAAGCGCCAUGAAGAUGUGGGACGCGCUGCAUGCUGUCUACGACGGAGCCGCCACCCGAAUCAACCAUCAGGACAAGUUGCGCGCUCUGAACAAGAUGGAGCCGCCCCGCUUUGAGACCUUUGACUCCUUCAUGUGGGCUUUCGUGGGUGAAGUCCAGAAGCUGAACAAUGCUGGAUGCGGAGUCAGUGAGAGCCAAGCUAUGAGCACUCUCUUGUCAAAACUCUCUUCGAGGACCGCGGGAACGGACGUUUACCUCAUCGACAGCGACUCGAAGCACAAGACACUUUUGGAGAUGAUUGGGUUCUUGAACACUAACUACAAUGGGGUCUUGAGUCAAGCAUUCGGUUGGAAGGAGUAG